GUUUCUUUUUAUCAUUCAUAUCAUUGUUUGUUUGGGCUUUCUUCCUUUUUUUUUUAUUCCUUCCUUUUUUCCCUAGCUCUUCGUGCACCUUGAGGAUAUAUAUGGCUUCCUUCCUCCCACACCAUGUUGCCUGCUGAGCCUGCGCAGUUGCCGGUUCUGCUUUUCCGUCGCAGGCCGUGAUCGUGUUUAGUCGCUUCGAGGUGUGGAGAUACUAUAUCAUUCUCGGGUUGCUUGACCAUCGUUCGAUCAACAAGUGGCCUGUUCAGUCUUUCUGCUCUCUUUGUGUGUACAUUAUUUCGUCUGUGUGGUUAGAAAUCCACAACGCAUAUACUAGCUUCGAUUUACCAAUUGCGGGACCCCUUCCCCGAACCGUUGCUUUGAUUCCACUGCAAUGGCGACCGGAGAAGAGCCUGCCACGGCGUCCCCCGCACAGCAGUCGAACCCAGCUAGAAGCUGGUGGAAACGGCUGCGGGGGUCUAAUGCCCCUGAAACGCCCGCCAUUACCACGGGUCAAAGCCCUUAUCGCCCCAAAAGGACUCUGGGUAUUCUAAGUGACAAGGAGACGGAUGAAGUGCCUGGGACCGUUCUUCUACUCUCGUCAAAUCGCAAUGAGCCUCUCGGUCUGGAACAUCAACCGCACCGCGAAUCGCAUUCGUCGCUGCCAUCGCCUUAUCCACCGUCCCGUUCCUCUUCUCGUGCUUCCCGUGCCUCUCGUGUGCGCCAGCAGAAAAAGAAAACACCGGAUGGCAACAUAGUGUUGGACCCUCAACCCGAUGACUCCAUGAACGAUCCUCUCAAUUGGCCUGUAUGGCGACGAGAUGCAGCUCUGGUGUCGUUGGGGUUCUAUUGCCUGAUGGGAGGCGGUAUGACCCCAAUUUUGGCCGCCGGUUUCAGUCAGGUAGCUGCUGCGUAUGAGGUGACCACCCAGAAGGUCGCAUAUACGACGGGGUUGUACAUGUUGGGUCUUGGGAUUGGGUCCGUGAUCAUGUCUCCUACAGCUAUUCUGUAUGGAAAGCGGCCGGUAUAUCUUCUCGGAGCGACCCUUUUCAUUAUUUCGGCGGUCUGGUGUGCACUGUCACCAAACUACCCCAGCUUGGUCAUCGCUCGUAUCUUCCAGGGCAUUGCAGUAAGCCCGGUCGAGUGCCUCCCCUCUGCCACUAUUGCUGAGAUCUACUUCCUGCACGAACGGGCGUACCGGGUCGGUAUAUAUACCCUCCUGCUCCUAGGAGGCAAGAACUUGAUUCCCCUAGUGAGUGCAGCUAUCAUCGGGAGUCUGGGGUGGCGCUGGGUUUUCUGGAUUGUUGCUAUCGUCGUUGGCGCUUGCCUCGCCCUUCUUUUCUUCUUUGUCCCCGAGACAUUCUGGGAUCGCACACCUCGGCCACGAAAGGCUCACAAGCGUCCCAGCUUUUACCGUAGCGUGUCGAACAUUGUGUCCCAUGGAUUGCGGGGUCGACCGCCUCACGCUCAUCGCCUGGAGGAGAAUCCACCGGAUGAUGACCCCAGCUCUCUAGAGCCGAAGAAGUCCAAGAAGGGUCAUGUUGGGUUUGUGGAUGACCAUGACGAGGAACCAGAGACCAUCUCUGAGAAGAUAGAGGAGCCGACUGGCCAGGAUCCUAUAUCGUUAACACCAGAGCGUCCUGCCACUGAGUCGACGCCAAGCGAAGACCCUGAGAAGGCGGAUGGGCUCCUUCAUCCUCCGCCAUUGGCGCACAUUCACCCCCAUGAUCUUGAAGCUGCUCGGGAAGCGGCGAUCUCCCCAACUCGCAGUGAGUCGCUGGACCCGGGUCCGCCGAUCACGUCGGCGGCUCAGUACACCAACCGACUCCGGGAUCAGCCGCCCAUCCCGUUUACGUAUUAUCUCCGCCCGUGGAAUGGCCGGAUUGCUCACGAUAACUGGCUACGCGUCGCGGUGCGGCCAUUCAUUCUCUUUGCUUAUCCCUCUGUGCUGUGGUCGACUGUAGUGUAUGCUUUGUCUGUCGGCUGGCUCAUCGUGCUGUCCGAGUCGGUUGCUACAAUUUAUGAGCAGCGAGACACUUACAACUUCACCGCACUGCAGACUGGUCUCAUCUACAUCUCGCCCUUCGUGGGCGGCUUGCUGGGUACCGCUGUUGCUGGUAAAGUGUCUGACAUUAUUGUGCAAUAUAUGACACGACGCAACGGGGGCGUCUACGAGCCGGAGUUCCGGCUGGUGAUGGCCAUCCCCAUUGCCAUUUCGACCACCAUUGGACUGAUGGGAUUCGGUUGGAGUGCGCAGGAGAAGGAUGCUUGGAUUGUGCCCACCAUAUUUUUCGGCAUUAUCUCAUUUGGAUGCUGCCUGGGAAGCACGACAUCCAUCACCUUUUGCGUCGACAGCUACCGCCAAUAUGCAGGGGAGGCACUGGUGACAUUGAACUGGAGUAAGAAUGUUUUCCAUGGGCUGAUCUUUUCGCUGUUCAUUGUUGACUGGCUGGAUGCGGAGGGCUCCCGGUUGGUGUUUAUCGCGCUGGGAGUGAUCCAGCUGGGCUGUCUAUUGUUUUCAAUUCCCAUGUACAUUUAUGGCAAACGGGCCCGGAUGUGGACGGUUCGGAUGCGCCUGAUGGAACGAUUCUAGAGGGCCGAGUGGCCGGGCCGGGACCCUAUUGGAGGGACGGAUCGGAUGAUUCUUGAUUUUGGGUGUAGAUCUGGGCUGUAUCAUGAUACCUAUCUAUAUUAGAUCGUACAUAUAGUUGACUAUUUGCUGACGAUUGGAGCUGUCAUAUCGCCAUCGAGCCCCAUUCGAUUGUGGGAGCAAGCCCUGCGGGGGGUGCUGGGGCUGAUGUCAAGGGAGGGAGAGAGGGCGGAAUGUCAUACAGCAUCCAC